AUGGGUGGAUUUCGUCUUCUUGACUUGGCUAAGUUCUUUUUGCCCUUGUUGCCAGAAUGUGAAACUUCUGAUGAAAAGAUUAGUGUUGAUGAAAAGAUCAUGUUCACUUUAGGUGCUGGAGUAAUCUUUUUAUUAGGACAAUUACCAGUUUAUGGACUUGUAUCCCAAGCAUCAUUUUUAUUACAUGAUCCUAUUUCUCCCUUUAGGUCAAUUUUGGCAAGUGAAAAGGGUACCUUAUUUGAAUUAGGGUUAUUACCUGCAUUUACCGCAGCGUUUGUAUGGCAAUUGGCUGCUGGUUUCAAAUUAAUUAACGUUAAUUUGAACUUGAGAGGUGAUCGCGAAUUGUACCAAACUGGUCAAAAAUUGACUUCCUUUUUAUUGGCAAUUGUUUAUGCCUUUGGUUUAAUUGCUUCCGGUUAUUAUGAUGAUGUCUUGAGUGGAUAUAAUGCUUUGGAAGAUGGUAUUCCUUAUGGUAAAUACUUUUUGGUGUUCCUUCAAGUUGUUUCUUGGUCUUUUAUCACAACGUUGAUUAUUGAAGUCUUUGAUAAAGGAUUUGCCUUUGGUGGUGGUGCUUUAUCACUUUUGGCCAUUCAAAUCGCUACCAACAUUAUUAGAGAAACUCUUGGAUUGGAUACUUUCAAUUUGCCAAACUCAGAUGUUCAAGAACCAGUUGGUGCCUUGGCUGUUAUCUUGAGAAAGAUUUUCUCUUUAGAUUUAACAAGUUUACCUGGUGCUAUUAAGUCUGCAUUUGUUAGAACCAACUUGCCUAAUUUGGUACAAUUGUUUGUUUCCAUUUUAUCUGUGUUGAUUGUUAUGGGCUUGCAAAAUUUUAGAAUUGAAUUACCAAUCAGAUCAACUAAGGUUAGAGGUAUGGCUAAUGUCUUCCCCAUUAAAUUGUUGUAUACUGGUGCCUUACCUAUUAUUUUUGCUUAUACCGUAUUGGCUAAUGUUCAACUUCUCGGUUACUAUAGUAUUCAUUUACUCCAAAACUUUGCUCCAUUUUUAGCUACUAUCUUGGGAUCUUACACCGUUGAUCCAUCUUCAAAUGAUUUGGUAUUAACUUCAGGUGUCUUAAGUUAUUUGGUUCCUCCAACUGGUUUAAUCAAUACCAUCUUAACACCUAUUAGAUCAAUUAUUUUCUCUACUGCUGUCAUUCUUUUAUCCACUUGGUUUGGUUACAACUGGUCCUUCAUCUCAGGAAGCUCUCCAAAGGAUAUCGCUAAACAAUUUAAAGAUCAAGGUAUCUCUAUGCCUGGUAAGAGAGAUGUUUCCAUUACUCAUGAAUUGGGACGUAUUAUUCCCGUAGCUGCUGUUCUGGGUGCUUUCAUGCUUGCAGUUGUCGUUCUUGCUGCCGAAUUCUUGGGUGGUGGUGGUAGAGGUGCCGGUAUAGUUGCUGGUGUUUCAGCUGCACUUUCAGUUUUGGAAGAAUUCAUGGUUGAUCUUCAACAAAAUGGUGGUGUCUCCCAAUUGGCCAGUGCUUUCACUGGAGGAAGAUAA